GACGUGCAUUAUAAAAAUGCCACAUAGAUGUUGAUUGAUUUGUUUUUUUUAAAAAAAAUAGGGAUUAUGUUCUUUUUUCUUUCUUUUUUUUUGAUGAGAAAUAAUUACUUUGAUAGGGAGUCAUUGAUGACUUUGUAUUAAUCUUUAUUUUGAAUUUCAAAAAAAAAUCUUGUGUAGUGAUGAAAUUAAUUUUUAAAGGCAUAAUUAUGUGGCAAUUGGAAUCGAAUCAAUCAGCAUUAAUGUAGUUUUUUCAAACUUUGUUCCCUUUUAAAAAUUUUCCUCUCACUGAAUGCGUUUAUGAGUUUGACCACAGAAUGUUAUUACUAUACAUUAAUUGUGUAAUCAAUUAACUAUUGCUUUUUGGGAAAUUCAAAGACUUUUAUUGCAAUUGUUGUAAAUAUUUUUUAUGCCCACCAAUAGAAAAAUGACACAUAAAAUUUUGUCCUAUGUGUCAACGGGAGGAGAAGUUUUAUUCCCUCUCUCUGGUUUCUCUCUUAGUAUAAUACUAUAGAUAGAUAAUAAUAAUAAUAAUAAUAAUAAUAAUAAUAAUAAUAAUAAUAAUAAUAAUAAUAAUAUAAAAAGGUCUUAUUUCCACACCCAAGACCCAACAGAUCCAAUCUCAAUAUUGCUUUAUUUUCUCUCACCUUCUCUUUGUCUGGUUCUCCUUUUCUCUGUCUGGUUCUUCUCUCUAAUCUCAUACUCUCACUUUCUCUACCCACAUAUUUUAACAUCAACCCAGUCGCCAACCAUGGACGGAGGCCGCAGUGUGAUCAUGUCUGCCGUUGGAGUUUUUUGUGUGGUUGAUAUAAUUUUCAUCAAGUUUAUUUCCCCUGAGCAAGAGAGCUUGCUGUCCCUUUUCCCCAGAUUUGGAAGACGCCGCGGUGGGGAGGACAACUCCGGCGGAAAUCAGGGUUAUUGACAGCGGCGGCGGCGGCGGGGAAAUUAGGGUUUGGGGGUUUUCUCUAGAUUUCUUCCGUUCAGGCUCUAUUAUGUUCUAUUUAUGAUGUGGAUCUGGUAGUUUGUUUAAGAAUCGAGAAAUUCUCUUUAGCUAAUCGAAGACUUCUAUGUGAAUCUGUAGUUGGUUGAAGAAUGGGGAUUUCCUAUGUUUAAUAUUAUUAUUAGCUAAUUAUCGGAUAUUAUUAUUAUCAGCGGUGUGUUUUGUUGUUUUUUUUCUCCUUUUAAAUUAAAUUUCUGUCUUUUUUGUUGCCAAGAAAUCCAUUCAAUUUAAACUAAAUGCCCUCUUAUCGAGUUUGUUCUGGACUUGUACGAUCUCUAUCAUCAAUCACCAUAAUCCCAAACAAAUUAACGCCGUUUCGGUAAGGGGCUAACCUACAGUAAGGGUCUUUAAUUGACAGCCUAAUCAUAUUUGUCAAUUUAAGAAAUAAAAGAUGACCGAUCAUCAGAAAAACUCUUUUAACCAAUCAUCAAAAAAAAAAAGAGACCGAUUUCACAUAUAUAAACACAGUAGAUAAAUUUCAGCAUCCAAUCAAAUUGUACAAUUUCCCCAAGCCGACAGGAUGAAGAUGAACUGACUGAACCGAAUUGGAGGGCAGAGAAAAAUGGAGAUUGCCGCCCCAUAUGCGGCGAUGGUCGUAGCUCAGACAGCUCAAGUGGGCUUAAUCAUUGUAAGUAAAGAAGCCAUGUCAAAUGGGAUGUCAAAUUUCAUCUCUGUCUCCUACUCUAAUGCUCUCGCCGCCCUUAUUCUGCUUCCGGUUUCAUUCUUCAUCCACAGGAGUAAAAACCAAUCAAUCGUUUUUGACCUGAUCUUAGGUUGUUUUUCACCAUACCUCUUAAACUCAUUGGCUUCCCGUGAAAAUUAUAAUCCUCCCAUUAAACAUACCAAUUCAUGUAUAAUCCUUCAAAACAUCUUUCCCUGGUCUUCCCCCUCCAUCUUUGACUCCGGAAAGACGCAAAAUACGUAUGAAGAUGACCAUCUAAUCUACCUCUUCAACGUUUGCCCGCUCAACAGAGUCAUCCAUGUUAAGAUUUGGAAGACGCCGCGGUGGGAGGACAACUCCGCGGAAAUCGGGGUUAUUGACGGCGGCGGCGGCGGGAAAUUAGGGUUUGGGGAUGAAGAUGAACUGACCGAACCGAAUUGGAGGCGAGAAAAUGGAGAUUGCCGCCCAUAUGCGGCGAUGGUCGUAGCUCGACAGCUCAAGUGGGCUUAA